GCGGCGUGAAUUCUUCUGGGUGGUCACAUCGCUGGAGAUCCAGACCCAGGGGGAGGGAGCGGGAGCCUGUCUAUCUGACUGUUCCAGAUCGACCAGCCGGGUCGUGGACCCCCAGAGUUUCCCCCCAAACAUGGUACAGGCCUUCACUCCGCUCUCCCCGCUACCCCUACCCCCAUGCUGGACAACGGUUUGGUCCGGAGAAGAGCGAGGCGAGUCGGGGGCUGGCGGGGGUUGAGAGUAAACCACCGAGGUGGCAAGGCCUCCGAGCAGCCUAGAGUGGUCAUCCCUUGGCGCUCCCGAGGCCUGCCUGGAUUGGUCAGAUGCCGGAAGGGGCAGUCCUUUCUGUCUGCUUCUGCGGUUUGUGGGGGCUGCUCCGGAGCUGAGGAGAUUUCUUUUCCCCAAGUUCCUAACCAUCCUUUUGAAGAGAACCCAGGAGAACUAGUGAUGACAGCUGAACUCUUGCCAUCAAGGCCCCAGGCAGACAUGAUAUUUGAGGAUGUGGCUGUGUACCUUAGCCAGGAGGAGUGGAGCUGUCUGGGUCCUGCCCAAAGGGGUCUCUACAGGGAUGUGAUGCUGGAGAAUUAUGGGAAUAUAGUCUCACUAGCAGGAUUUCCAGUGCCCAAACCUGAUGUGAUCUCCUUGCUGGAACGAGGGGAAGAGCCCUGGGUCUUGGAUAGGCGAGGAGCUAAGGGAAGAGAGAUUUUUGGAGACAACUGCUCAGUUCAUGAAAUUAGCACUGAGAAGUUACCUCAAAAGCUGGAACCUUCUACAGAAAAGAAAUUGCAUGGAAUGAUGUCCAAGAGAAUUGCGGGGGAUGUCUUCCAGGGAUUUGACUUUGGAGAAACAUGGGACGAAAGAGAGUUAGAGAAACAUCAGGAAAAUCUUGCAGUUGGGAUACUGAAGAAAUCCUUUUGCCAAAAUAGGGAUUUCAGGCCAAACAAGAUCAGCAAAAAAACUUCUGUGGGUCAGAGAAAUCAAAAGUGUAAUGAAUUUCAGGGAAGCUUCAGCCUGAGCCCAAACUCUGUUAGAUACCAGAACAUUCCUACAGGAGAAAGACUCCAUCAAGAAUUUAUAUGUGACUUGACUUUCAAACAGAAUUCAAAUCUGAUUAAAUAUCAGAGAAUCAAUAUGAGUGAGGAAUCAUGUAAAUCUAAUAUAUGUGGGAAAGCAUUCAGAGAGAGUUCAGCUGUUAUUGAACGCCAGAAAAUUCAUGGUGGAGAGAAACCUUAUGAGUGUGAUAAAUGUGGGAAAACUUUCAGUCAGAGCUCUAACCUUAUUGAUCAUCAGAGAAUUCACACAGGAGAAAAACCCUAUAUCUGUAAAGAAUGUGGAAAAGCCUUCAGACAGAGCUCUAAUCUCAUUAAACACCAGAGAAUUCACACAGGAGAAAAACCCUAUAAGUGUAAUGAAUGUGGGAAAGCCUUUAAUCAAAGCUCUAAUCUUAUUAAACACCAGAGGAUUCACACAGUAGAAAAACCAUAUGAAUGUAAUGAGUGUGGGAAAACCUUCAGCCAGAGCUCACAUCUAAUUAGCCAUCAGAGGAUUCAUACUGGAGAGAAACCAUAUGAAUGUAGUGAAUGUGUUAGAGCCUUUAGUACCCGAUCAUCUUUUAUACAACAUUGUACAAUUCAUACUGGAGAGAAACCUUAUAAAUGUAAUGAAUGUGGAAAAACGUUCAACCAGAACUCUAACCUUACGAAGCACCAGAGAAUUCAUACUGGAGAGAAACCUUACAAAUGUAAUAAAUGUGGAAAAACCUUUAACCAGAACUCUAACCUUACUAAACAUCAAAGAAUUCAUACCGGGGAGAAACCGUACAAAUGCGAUAAAUGUGGGAAAGCUUUCAGUGCUCGUUCGUCUUUUAUGCAGCAUCAUAAAAUUCACAUUGGUGAGAAAUCCUACAAUGAAUGUUGAAAAACCUUCAGCCAGCACUUUUUAACCUUAAUAAACACCAAAUAAUCCAUAAUGGAAAGAAACCUUACAAAGAGAUGAAUGUGAGAAAACCUCCAGGAGAGGCUCAUUCUUUAUUCCACAGUUCAGAAAGCAUAGUGAAAAAACUGCCCAAUGAAAGUAACAGAUGAGAAGGCCUUUAAGUGUAAUGAUUGUGGGAAAGCUUUUAGCCAGAAUGCAGACUUAUUUGGCAUCUGAGAUGUUACACUGGACAAACCCUGUGUAUGUGAUGAUUUUUUUAAAACACUCAGAACUCACAGUUCACAAUGAACACAAAUCAUAAUAGAAAGAAAACCUAUCGCUGUAACGAGUAGUGCCAAAGACAUCAGGACGAGCUCUGAUCUUAGUAAAUUUCAGAAAGUUUACGCUGGAUCAAACAGACUCCAGGAGAAACCAUUAGUAACCCCCAGGCUUCAUUUAAAAUCAUAAAAGUCAUGCUGGAGAAAAAAGCAAGUUCUUUGAUUGUAGAAAAAUCUUCAGUAAGAGUUCUAGAGGAUUCAUUUGAGAGAAAUCUGAUAAUGAAGACAUUUGGAUACAUAAGAAGGACCUGUGAUUUCAUUAGAGGGAAAUUUGUCAUCUAUAUAUGAUUUGAUAGAUAUUUUCUGUGAGGUAGUAUUUGAACCUAGGUUUUCCUAACUCCAAGCCUGGUACUUCAUCCACUAUACCACAUUGCCUCUAACUUGAAAUGAAAAUAAUAAUUUGUUGAUAUAGCACUUAAAGUUUGUAAAGUGCUUUAUAAAUAUCUUGUUUGAGCUUCAUGAUAACCUUGUGAUGUACUACAAAUAUUCCUGUUCUCAUUUUACAAAUGAGCAAAUAAGCUCAGAGAAAUAGACAGCUUGCCUGUGGUAACAUAGCUAUAAGAGAUAGGAUUUGAACCAAUGUCUACUUGACAUCAAGUCCAGCACUUUAUCCACCGUACUAUAUUGCCUUUCCUAAUAAACAUGAACUAUACAUGCACCAUAUGGCAUAGCAUCUAAAGGCUUUAAAGGAAAAGCUUACUCAAAAGCCAGAACACCUCAAUAGUAAGAAAGUAAUUACAAGUCCCUGACAUUCCUCUUUUAGAAUUUUAGAGAAAAAGAACAUUAUAGAUCUAACAAUGCUGACAAAACUAGAUUUGAUAAAUCUAUACUGAUUAUAGGAGUACUAUAGGAUAUACAUAUUUUUAAAAUUUUUU